AGGCGCGCUGGGGCCAGGCCGAGCCAAGCCGAGCCGUGCCACGCUGGGCCGGGCCGUGCCACGCUGGGCCGGGCCGCGCCGCGCCGCCUCCUGCCGCCGCCCGGGGGAAGGCUGCGGCCGCCGGGCCGAAUAAUGUUUCCAACAUGUCUCUGCAGACUCUGCUAUGUGAAAGAAUUGCUGUUGCCAAAGAAUUGAUCAAGAGAGCAGAAGCCCUCUCCAAGUCCCAGAAAAGGAGAAUAGAAGGUGGGGCAAAACUAUGUGGCAAACUGAAGGCUGAGUUAAACUUCUUACACAAGGUGGAGGCAGGGAAGGUGGCCAUUAAAGAAUCCCAUCUGCAGAGUACAAACCUUACCCAUCUCCAAGCCAUUAUCCAGUCAGCAGAGAACCUGGAGGAUGUUGUCAGUGUCCUCCAUGUCUUUGCUUACGAGGAUAGGUUUGGAGACAAACAGACACUGGUGGUAGAUGUUGUUGCAAAUGGAGGUCACACGUGGGUGAAGGCCAUCGGACGGAAGGCCGAAGCCCUGCAUAACAUCUGGCUGGGGAGGGGCCAGUAUGGAGACAAAAGUGUCAUCGAGCAAGCAGAGGACUUCCUGCAGGCAAGCCGUCAGCAGCCAGUGGAGUACAGCAAUCCCCACAUAAUAUUUGCCUUCUACAACAGUGUGUCCAGUCCUAUGGCAGAGAGACUGGAGGAGAUGGGAAUAUCUGUGCGAGGAGACAUUGUUGCUGUGAACUCGCUGGCAGAGCGAUCUACAGAAAACCAGCACCUAAGUGCCAGUGAAUCAGAUGAAGAAGACCUUGAACUCCUGCAGGUGACCAGAGUAGACCGGGAGAAUUUAGUGGCCAGCAUUGCUUUUCCUACUCAGAUCAGAGUAAAUGUGUGCAAUAGAGUUAACUUGGACAUCACUACCUUGAUAACCUACGUCUCUGCUCUGAGUUACGGUGGCUGCUGCUUCAUCUUCAAAGAAAAAGUGCUAACAGAGCAAGCGGCUCAAGAAAGGAGGGAGAGAGUCCUGCCUCAGCUGGAGCAGUUCAUGCAGGGGAAAGAGCUCUUUGCAUGUGAAUCUGCUGUCAGAGAUUUUCAGUCCAUCUUGGAAACGCUGGGAGGACCUGGGGAGAAAGAGCGAGCUGCAUUGCUUGUUAAAAGAAUUAAUGUGGUGCCAGAUCAGCCAUCUGACCGUGCCUUAGGACUAGUGGCUAGUUCAAAAAUCAACAGCCGUUCUCUAACCAUUUUUGGGACAGGAGACACGUUAAAAGCCAUCACCAUGACUGCAAAUAGUGGUUUUGUGAGGGCAGCAGCUAACCAAGGUGUCAAGUUCAGUGUUUUUGUGCAUCAGCCUAGAGCAUUGACAGAAAGUAAAGAAGCUUUUGCCACACCUUUACCAAAGAGCUGCCCACCUGAUAAUUGACUGAAAGUCAUUAAAGGAGUUGGUCACUGAAUAUUGCAGAUGCUGCAGUGGAGGCAUUUGGAGAAACAGAAGAGUCUACCCAUAUAUCAGUGAAAACAAUAACUGUAGCAGUGGAAGGGUUCCCCAAGGGACUUACAAUAUCUUUACUCAAUUCUUGUUUGUUUGUUAUUUUGUUCAGCUGGCUGUUAAUUUAUUUGCUAAGGUAAUGAGAUUUCAGUGAAAAUCAUCGAUCGUCUUACAGUAUAUUAAUUGUAUCCAUCCCUAUUAAAAAAAAAAAAACAACAGUUAAAGCACAGUUGCCAUUGUUGUUUUUGUCCUCUUCAGAGAGAAUAAAGUCAGCACCUUACAAGGA